UGCCUCUCACCUCGGUGGUCUCUGUUUUUGCUUGCAGGCUAUCAGCAUCAGCAAAGCCAUCAACACGCUAGAAGCCCCCGUGAAGGAGAAGCACGCCCGGAGAAUUAUUCUGGGGACGCAUCAUGAGAAAGGUGCAUUUACUUUUUGGUCGUACGCGAUUGGUCUCCCUCUGCCUAGCAGUGCCAUCUUGAGCUGGAAGUUCUGCCAUGUUCUCCACAAGGUUCUCCGAGAUGGUCAUCCAAACGUUCUUCAGGACUGUCAGCGAUAUCGAAGUAACAUCCGAGAAACUGGAGACCUUUGGCGCCAUCUACACGAUCGUUAUGGCCAGCUUGUGAAUAUUUAUACCAAACUUCUGCUCACCAAAAUCUCCUUCCACGUAAAGCAUCCCGAAUUCCCGCCUGGGCUUGAAGUCACUGACGAGGUGCUAGAAAAGGCUGCUGGAACAGAUGUGAACAACAUCUUCCAGCUCACCGUGGAGAUGUUUGACUACAUGGAUUGUGAACUCAAAUUAGCAGAAUCAGUCUUCAGGCAGCUCAACACCUCCAUGGCCGUCUCCCAGAUGUCGGCUGUUCAGUGCCGGUUGGCUCCGCUCAUCCAGGUGAUCCAAGAUUGCAGCCACCUCUAUCAUUAUACCGUGAAGCUGAUGUUCAACCUCCAUUCAUGUUUGCCGGCUGAUACCCUGCAAGGACAUCGAGACAGGUUCCACGAACAGUUUCGCAGCCUCAAAAACUUCUUCAAAAGAGCAUCGGACAUGCUGUAUUUCAAGCGGCUCAUCCAGAUCCCACGGCUGCCUGAGAACCCCCCCAACUUUCUGAGGGCGUCUGCCCUGGCCGAGCACGUCAAGCCGGUGGUGGUGAUUCCGGAAGAGGCCCCCGAAGACGAGGAGGUGGAAAACCUGAUUGAGAUCACUACGGCUCCGUCCGUAGAGCAGCAGAGCGUGUCGGAUAUAUUUGAGCAGACUUUCGGGCCGCCCAACGGACUAAAAGAUGACAGGGAUCUGCAAAUUGAAAAUCUAAAGAAAGAGAUUGAAUUGCUUCAGACAGAGCUAGAGAAGAUUAAGCUGGAGGCUCAAAGAUACAUCACUCAGCUGAAGGCUCAGGUGAACAGCUUGGAGGCCGAGGUGGAAGAGCAGAGGAAGCAGAAGCAGAAAGCGAUGGUGGACAAUGAACAGCUCCGAGAUGAACUGGAGAGGCUGCAGAAAGCAAAACUGGAGGGAGAUAAGAAUCAAGGACUCUAUCUGGAAGCGGAAAGAAAAGCCAGCACCACGGAAAUCCGCUAUGCUAAGCUGAAGGAGAAACACAACGAGUUAAUCAACACACAUGCAGAGCUCUUGAGAAAGAAUGCAGAUACCGCCAAGCAGCUGACGGUUACCCAACAGAGCCAGGAAGAGGUUGCGCGGGUCAAGGAACAGCUCGCUUUCCAGAUGGAGCAAGUGAAGCGGGAGUCAGAAAUGAAGUUAGAAGAUCAGACGCUUCAGGUGGAGCAGGUGAAGAGACAGCUGGAAUCCAAAGCAGAAGAAUUGACUCAACUUCAGCAGUUGCUCAGCCAUUCUAAGCAGGUUGGUUCGGACCUCAGCAGCCAGCUGGAAGCCCUUCAAGCUGAGAAGGAGGCCCUGAGGAAAUCAGUCAACGAGAAGGAAUGUGAUCUCAUCUCAACCAAGGGCCUGAUUCAAGAGAAGGAGCUGCUGUUGAGCCAGGAAGCAGAGAAAAGGGCGAAGGAAGUGCAGGAACUCCAGGAGAAGUUGGUAGAAAAGAAAAGUCAUGAACAGAACCUGCAGCAGAAGCUCCUGGACGACCAGUUCCGAAUCUUGCAAGGGACGAUAAAGGAGUCCGAAAGCAUCAUCCAGGAUGCUGUCGCCAAGUUGGACGACCCCUUGCAUAUCCGAUGCACCAGUUCCCCAGAUUACCUGGUCAGCCGCACCCAGGCAGCUCUGGAAUCGGUGAAUGCCUUGGAGAACGGGCACAAGCAUUAUCUGGCCAACAUGGCAGACGCCACUGGACUGGUUGCUGCGCUGGCUCAGUUUGCCCACCUCACGGCAGAUGCCAUCGUGAACGGCAGCGCCACUUCCCAUCUGGCACCCACGGAUCACGCUGACAAAUUGACUGAAUCCUGCAGGGACUGUGGGCAACAUAGCCUGGACUAUCUGAACAAGCUAAAAGACAAACAGUCUCUCCAAGAAGCAGAUCCAGCAGACCUGAGGACAGCUCUGCAGAGGCUGUUCCAGCUGGGACAGGAACUGAGACCCAAAAGUUUAGACGUCCGGGAAGAAGAACUGGGUGACUUGGUUGACAAAGAGAUGGCCACCACUUCUGCAGCGGUUGAGGAUGCAGUCAGGAGAAUAGAGGAAAUGAUGAAUCAAGCCAGAGUAGAGAGCUCUGGGGUGAAACUAGAAGUUAAUGAAAGAAUCCUGAAUUCGUGCACAGAUUUAAUGAAGGCUAUCCGGCAGCUUGUCAUGACCUCCACACAGUUGCAGAAGGAGAUUGUAGAAAGCGGAAGGGUGAGACCUUGUUUAUUCUCUGUGGCUGUUAUUUAUUUUUUUUAAAAGUGGGGAAAAUUG